AUGAACCCUCCCUCCGGACCAUACGCCCCUCUCGGUACACAGGCAGCCAAUGAACCAUUGCCGCCGCCGGCGAGUAUGAGAAGGCAACUGCUGGAGGCCAUGGAGGAAGACCUAGGUCCGACUGGAAUCCCGACACAAACCACGGCAGACGCCUGGCUUAAGGCCUUCUCUGACCUCAUCGACUGCUACAUGACCCCUCUGGUCAACUACUCUGACGAAGUAUGGAAUCCCCCGCAUUCGCACAUCUCUUUGCUUGAAGUCGCGAUCACACUCGUUCUACGCCUGAAGGACUCCCGACAUCUAUUUUUGCCCGAGAGGUGCCGAGCAAGGAAGAUUAUCCCUACACUCGUGGCAUUCUAUGUGCUUCUAGAGGGAUAUGACGCUUCAGGGCAGCCCGAUUAUGAUGAAUACUCUUCGGUGACUGGCGCCCAGUUGCAGAAGUUGAUCUUCGAAGCCCUCGUCAUGUAUCUCUGCAGCGCUGGGGACAACGUUAAGCCCCGCAUCGAGAAGGGGAAUUUCGAAGAGGACGAUCCCAUAUUGCUCACGACGCUUGACGCGUUUCUUCAUACCUGUGACGAGCUCUUGGCAAAACGCGAGACGUUGCUGUACCCUUGUAUGGUCCCGGUGCUGGCGCCUGGAAGAAUACAGACUCGCUUGGACGAUGAGGAACCAGUGACAGUGGACCAUGUCCUCAUAUACAAUGAACGUCAGGCUGCCCUACUGCCUACUUUCUCGGCCUCCCUUGUCGCGGCGGUGAUGGCAGACAGACCCUGUGUGUCUGACUUUCUGAUGGCGGCUCUUGACAUUCGCCUUGCGAGGAGCCUUCGCGCGACGUUCAUGUCCCUGAUCUCAGGCUGCUGGCCCGGCCCUUCCGCCACGAUAUCUCGUUACGUGACGCUGAUAUUCUCCAAAGUUCAAUUGUUGAAUUCAACGCACACCGUGGCACAUUUACGGAACAUCUACUUCGACCUUCGUCACCAGUUACUGCUGUUUCGUAUCAGCGUUAAAGAUGGCAAAUCGCGGAUUUUACUGGAUGCUGUUCUCGAGGCAUGCGUAUGUUCCCCACCGUCUUCGGCAGCGAAUUGCCUUUCUGUUCUUCGCAGUCUUGCUCGAAUAGACCCAGAUGAUCACAAUCUUCGAAUAUUGGUCGUUCGUUACUUUACUGCAGUCAUCCCUUCGCUAGACAAGGAGUCUAUCCAGGCUCUCCAAGAUGGGCUCCCGAAUGAAGCCAUCUACGGGCCAGUUGCCGAAAGCAUUGGACACUGUGUGUCCGCCCCGACGUCAGGACCAGUAGCUAUGGACGUAGACGACACCACACACUCUCAGACACGUAGCCGCAUUGUCAGCUGCCUGCGCGCAAUUAUCACCGGUGAUCAGGCAAUGAAUCUAGAGGAUAUAGCCUCCGUCGUGGGAGGUAGCCUUCCCGCGCAAGUUCUGUGGCUUGUUGACCAGGGUUCCCCCAGGGCUUUUGAUAGUCAUUCUCUCGAAGCCCAGGUCGCAACAUUGAGAUCGCUUAUCGAUCUACCUUGUCUCCUUGUCGGAUGCUCUUCGUCAGAAUGUCACCGCUGGGCUGGUUCGGAUGGUGUUAGCAUGCUCAGCGUGUAUAUACCCAUUCUAUCUCGUUUCGCCGCCGAUGACAGUGCUCCGCCUCGAAUUCGCAAGCAGGUCUUCAAAGCAUUGUCUACUGCUAUUCGUCAUCACGCAGCGGAAGGCGUUGCAGAAAAACCAUUGCCUAUGGACGAGUCAAUCAUGUUGGCGUUGACGCAUAAGAGCCGUCCUGUUCGCCUGGCAGCUGGACAUGCGUUGGUCGAGUCCAUACGGCUGUACGAGCUGGCUGGCACGGAAGCUGCCGCCCGGCAAGGAGAACACUUCUUCGACACGUGCUAUCGCCUCCUGUCAUCAGCUCCCGAAGUCAUAAAAGAAACCAUAUUAGUGACUGUAGGAGCCGUAGCAAAGGCGACGGGUCCCAAGUCUCAAUGUGUAGCCGUGUGCUGCCUUGUCUCCCAGCUCGGUGAUGCCAACCCUAUCCUAAGGGGCCUUGCUUGCACGCAACUCAUGUCGCUGGCGGGGCCUGAGACGAAACUAUACCGUGUUCUGUCACCUUACAUUGGUCAAAUCGCCGAGUACACCAUCCGCCGCUGGCAGACCCAGCCCAUGAUUCUGACUGAGUUCUGCCGUACUCUCAACGUGAUGCCGCACGACUUCGUCCGACUCCACCUCACGGAGAACGUACCUAAGUUCUUUGCCGAGCGUCAGCACCGUUUGCUGUCGAAGAUCACAAAGGAGAUGGGUUACAGGCCAAGGGCACUUUUAAGGGACAUUAUGCACGAAGUGAUCGCUCAUAUCUUCCUGUUACCCGCGAAAGAGCAGACCGAUAGGUCGCUCGAGUUUCUCGUGAAGUACAUCUCAGACUCUGCGACUGGUCGCGGCAACGUCUACGCCGUCGGUCUAGUCAAGAGUCAUCUCGCCGAGUUACUUGCAGCGUUGGCUGCUAGACUUGGUGAUGAAGAUGAGAAGAUGGUGCACGCAGCAACCGAAGCAUUACUCCGGGUCGAUCAGCUUCUGACUUCUGAUAAGAAACGUUCGAGGACUGGACAGCCCAAGGGCGACCCCAAAGGCAUCUUGCGGGCGAAUAUCCUCUCCGUCACCUCACAGAUGACCGACAUGCUCCAGGAGCUCAAGUUCAAGGUUUCAGUCAUUGCGAAGAGGCGCGUUCUUCGUAGUUUCGGCUACAUGGCCCGAUUGCUGGGUCAAGAGAUUGGUUACGUUGCACCACAGAUCAUGCUAGCCUUUCAAGCCGCUCUGGGAACCGAGUUUUCGGAGUGCGCACUGGAGAGUUGGCUCCUUCUGUUACAGUGUAUGGCUGUUGAGGACAUCGCGCCACACCUGGGCUUCAUCAGCGCUGUGAUGGUUCACAAUCUGAGUUCACUCACCGAACGCGGUGGCCAGUUAGUUCGUGACUGUUUAGAUCUCCUCGUCGUCAAGCUUCGCAGGGACUUGGAGCAAUACUUCAAUCAGGUACCGGAUCUGGAGGGCAUCCCGAUGCUUGCAACUAUACAGCACGCGUUACGGACCCGUCUUCGUCAAGUGAAUCCCUCACACGAAACACGGGUUAUGUGGCAGCUGGAGCGUGCAAGGAGCGACAAUAUCUCCGUCGUUUUCCUGGCACUCCGUGAAUUGAAAACCUACAUGGUCAAGCACCGCGAAUGGGUCCAGACGUUGGCACUCGGGGAUCUCUUCCAUCCUCUCGUCGGUCGCAUUCUAUCGGUUGCAUUGAUGGCCGCCUCGCGCGACGGCGAAGGAGCUGAAGUUGUGCGACGCGUUGCAUAUGAAUGUAUCGGCGCCCUGGGAGCCGUCGAUCCCGACCGUUGCGACAUUGAAGAGCGCGAGCAAUCUGUGGUCGUCAUACAUAAUUUUGCAGAUGGUGACGAGAACGCUGAAUUCGCCACACACCUCAUCGCAAACGUCCUUGUUCCUGCCUUCCGUUCAACUGGUGUCCUCCAGUAUCAAAAACAUCUCUCCUUCGCCAUGCAAGAGCUGUGUAGAUUCUGUCGAUUCACCCCAGCACUUGUCUCCAACACGACGAUCACUUCCGUAGCGCAGCGAGUACGACGCAACUGGCAAACUCUCACGCAGAAGAACGUGCUCGAUGUCAUCACCCCGCUUCUUGAUAGCAAGUUUACUCGUAUCGUCGAGGCACAAGACGACGCUUCGCCGCCCUUCUACUCUGCGCAGCCUACAUAUCGGGAGUGGCUGGCGACUUGGACAGCACAUCUCGUCAAGAGGGUUUCGGAGGGUGAGGCGAGGACGAUCUUCGGGAACCUCGAACAUACCAUAUCCAAAGACGAUGUUAGCGUCGCCUACCACCUUUUGCCUCACCUCGUUCUUAACGCAAUGCUGUCUCGAGAGCCAGCAGAGAUCGAUGUCAUCCGGGCAGAGAUAUUGGUCGUACUUGAGGAUCAAGUUAAGCCCGCAAACACCUCUGCCAGAGACAAGCGCCUCCUGAGUGCCCAGGUCAUAUUUCUUCUCAUGGACCACAUUCAAAAGUGGCUGCGCUUCGCUCGCACAACGCUCAUGGAGGGAAAGAAGAAGAGUAAUCACAAUCGCAGAGAUGCCCCGAUCGGAAGCGUGGCGGAUCAGAUCUCCCGCGUCGACUCCGUGGUGACCAGUGUCGACCAAAAUCUUGUCGCAGAGGCUGCUUUCCGGUGUAAGGCGUAUGCACGAUCUCUCAUGAGCUUCGAGCAGCACGUAGUCGCCCUCCGAGCCCGUCAGGUACCCGAGAAGGAACUGCAACAUUGUUAUGAUCGCAUACAUGAGAUAUACUCGCAGCUCGACGACGCAGAUGGAAUGGCAGGCAUAUCCACUCUCAUACUGGAGCCGAGCUUAGAACAUCAGAUCCGCGAGCACGAGAGCAAUGGUCGCUGGACAUCCGCCCAGAGCUGCUGGGAACUCAGCCUGCAACAAUCGCCCGAUAGUUUGACCUGCCACAAGGGACUUCUCCACUGUCUACGCCAUCUUGGGCAUUAUGAUACUCUGCGUACACACGUCAAAGGUCUACUCGUCAAUAAUCCAGAAUGGAAAAGCGACCUUGUAGACUUUCAAGUCGAGGGAGCGUGGAAUGCGGGUGCCUGGGAGGAGGUUCGGUCGCUCGUCGCGCAAGAUGUGCCGGAUAGUGCGCAGAUAGCCAUCGCACGCGUACUGGUUGCUAUGCAAUCCAACGACCGGGAAGGCAUGUAUGUUGCGCUUGGUGACACGCGGAGGAUUCUGGGCGAAGCUAUCUCGGCGGCUGGCCCAUACGAAUAUCGGAGGGCUUAUGACUCAGUGCUCAAUCUCCAUGCUCUCCACGAGAUGGAAACGGUUCACUUGGUGGCUGCCACACUGGCUGAAGGCUCGAACAAACGAGUACUGACGACACUCUCCCGAAACCUUCGUUGCAGGCUCGAGUCGACGCAGCCAUUUUAUCGCGUACGAGAACCUCUGCUUAGCAUGCGGAGAGUUGUAUUCGCACUCUGUUCCCCUCAGUACCCGGAACUUCAUACCGAGAUAGGCAAAGUGUGGCUUACAAGCGCCAAAUUCGCACGAAAAGCCGGCCAUAUGUCUGCAGCGUACAGCGCACUCAUCCAAGCGCAGCAUCGGAAGACUCCGUAUGCAUUCAUUCAAGACGCCAAGCUCGUCAGGGCUACCGGGGACAGCGCCCGUGCACUGCGCGAACUCGAGCAUUCCAUUCGAUUAGUUCAGGAAGCCGAGGCUGCCGUCAUAGACCUUACUACAGACGCGAACGGUGGCGACAGCGAGAAAGAUCUCGAGAGUAGGAUCAUGAUGGGAAAGGCGGAACUUUUGCGGGGACGCUGGGCUAGGGAUGAAGAUAAGUUCUCGGAGAGGGAGGUCAUAGCGUUCUUCAAUAAUGCGUUGGCCAUCGUACCCAGAUACGAGAGUGCAUCGUUCUACUGCGGCCAGUACCAUGAUGCUCUGAUCAAGCCGUCCACCAUCUCAGACUCAAGCCGGGUUACGCGUGCUGCAAAAGUGCGCGUCUUAGCCGUGCGCUCAUUCAUGAAGGCGAUCAAGUAUGGUACAAAGUUCACGUAUCAGACUGUGCCUCGACUCCUCACUAUCUGGUUGGACAUGGGCGAGGACGAUGAACUCCGCAAGACGGAGAGUUUCCGGAAGGUUAUGGCUGAGAUAAACCGCGUCCUUCCUGACAUCCCUGCUUACAAGUGGUACACGGCCUUCCCGCAAAUCGCUUCGCGCGUGGGCCACCCUAACGCCGAAGUCUGGAAGACCCUCUCUGUCAUUGUUUCGCAAGUCAUCGCGGAGUAUCCCCAGCAGGCGCUAUGGCAGUUUGCGCCCGUGAUUAAGUCGAGGAAUACAAUGCGUAGCUCUCGUGGCAAGAACAUCAUCCAACAGCUAUCGCAAGCACCAGGUCCCGGCGGGUCCAACAAUACCGAGCUCCGCAGAAUUGUCUCAGAGAAUAUGAGCAUGGUGGUAGAGCUGUUGUGCCUCUGCGAUCUGCCCCUCACAGAAGGCACAGCCUCUCUGUCCAUGAAGAAAGACGUGCCAAAGUUGAUGAACCUCGCCCCUUCGAGGCUUAUCCUACCACUGCAAGAGAGUCUUGUGGCCAGUUUACCUCCCACAUCUUCGGAGAAGGAUUCCGCGCAUCAGCCAUUCCCACUCGAUUGUCCGACCUUCGCGCAAUUCUACGACGAGAUCGACGUCAUGAAGUCUUUGGCACGUCCGCGCAAGAUCACCAUCUUAGGCAGCGACGGCAAGAACUACAUGUUCCUGGGAAAGCCAAAGGACGAUCUACGAAAGGACGCGCGCCUCAUGGACUUUAACGCGUUGAUCAACAAGCUUCUGAAAGCCAACUCUGAGUCUCGUAAACGCCAGCUAUACAUUCGCACGUAUGCGGUCGUGACGCUGAAUGAGGAGUGCGGCUUCAUCCAAUGGGUGCCCAAUACAACACCGAUGCGACCAGUCAUCUCCGGACUCCUUACCGCGCGUGGCGCUCCAGCCUACUUCCCAAAGAUCGACAACAUCUAUAAAAGGAUCACGCCAGCUGACGACAAGACUGCGACUGAUAUCUACCUCAAAGAAGUUCUUCCUCUCUACCCGACCGUCUUCCACGAAUGGUACAUUGAGACAUUCCCCGAACCGUCGACAUGGCUCAACGCUCGGCGCACAUAUGGCCGAACUCUCGCAGUCAUGAGCAUUGUUGGCUGGAUCCUGGGAUUGGGUGAUCGACACACCGAGAACAUUCUGCUCGACAAAAAUACCGGAGCUAUCAUUCAUGUCGACUUCAACUGCUUGUUCGAGCGCGGGAAAUUGCUCGUUUGUCCGGAGCGCGUCCCGUUCCGCCUCACACCCAAUCUUGUCGCCGCGCUUGGAAUCGUAGGCGUCGAAGGUGUCUAUCGGAACGCCUGCGAGGUUUCGUUUGAGAUCCUACGCGACAAUAGCGACACGCUAAUGUCUGUACUCGACGCGUUCGUUCACGAUCCGCUGGUUGAGUGGGAGGACGAGAAACGGAGACAGCAGGAGCGCCACUCAGGUCGGAAACGCGAGAACGCUGCGAUCGCUUCGGCUGAUCUGAAGGCACUGGCCCACAACGCACUCGAUCCUAUCCAAAGUAAGCUGUCAGGCAAGGUCGAGGUGAACUCUAUCGCGUCGGAAACGCGGAAACUGCCCGCGAAGGCGCUGGUAGAGGUGUUGAUUCAGCAGGCAACGGAUAUAGUCAACUUGGCUAAUAUGUACCCUGGUUGGACCUCGUGGAUGUAA